AUGAAUUUUUCAAAUGUUUAUGCUUCGGAUUUAUUACCAUCUAAACAUGGAAAUGGAAUCACAGAACACUUUCUUCUAGAAGUGGUCGACAUUCUCCUGCGUUAUAUUAGAAAAACCUUUGAUGAAGAAAAUAAAAUACUGGACUUUCAUCACCCUCAACAACUUCUUGAAGGUUUGGAUGGAUUCAACAGACUCUCUGACCAACCCAAUAUAUUGGAGUAAUUACUUGUUGAUUGUAGAAACACUUUAAAAUAUGGAGUUAAAACAGGGCACCCUCGUUUUUUUAACCAGCUCUCCAGUGGGCUUGAUAUGAUUGAACUAGUUGGUGAAUGGUUGACAGCUACGGCAAAUACUAACAUGUUUACAUAUGAAAUAUCCCCUGUAUUUAUUGUAAUGGAAAUGAUACUUCUCAAGAAAAUGCAUGAAAUAAUUGUCUGGGGAGAAACAGAAGCUGAUGGAAUAUUUUCUCCUGGUGGGAGUAUAUCAAAUCUUUAUAGCAUAUUGGUAGCUUGUUAUAAAAUGUUUCCGGAGAUUAAAACCAAAGGCAUGGCUGUACUUCCACAGAUUGUAUUAUUUGUUUCUGAACAUAGUCAUUAUUCCAUAAAGAGAACAGCAGCAAUACUUGGCAUUAGGACUGAUAAUGUGAUUCUGGUAAAAUGUGAUGAAAGGGGGAAGAUGAUUCCAUUAGAAUUAGAAGAAAAUAUACUCCAAGCCAAGAGAAGGGGACUUACUCCCUUUUGUGUCAGUGUCACAGCAGGUACUACUGUGCAUGGUGCCUUUGAUCCUCUAGAUGAUAUUGCUGAUGUUUGUGAAUGGCACAGCCUCUGGAUGCAUGUGGAUGCAGCAUGGGGAGGUGGACUGCUGAUGUCCAAAAAGCAUUCUUAUAAGCUUCAUGGAAUUAAAAGGGCCAAUUCUGUGACCUGGAAUCCACAUAAAUUGAUGGGUGUCCCUCUUCAGUGUUCUGUUGUUCUGAUUCAGGAAAAGGGUCUUCUUGAAUCAUGUAACCAAAUGUGUGCUGAAUAUCUAUUCCAGCUGGAUAAAUACUAUGAUAUAGGCUAUGACACUGGAGAUAAGACAAUUCAAUGUAGCCGACAUGUUGAUAUCUUCAAACUCUGGUUAAUGUGGAAAGCAAAGAAUACCUAUGGCUUUGAAGCUCAAAUAAACACAUUUAUGGAGUUGGUAGAUUAUCUUUACAAGAUUCUGAAGAAAAAAGAAACUUUUGAGCUUGUAUUUGAUGCAGAAUGUCAUCUGGGUCCAGUAGAAAGCUAUAGAUCAAGAGGACUGGAGAUGGCCUUAGAUGAAGUGGGAGAUUGGCCUUUUGAUGCUAAGGUAUUCAAUAGACAUCAGUUGACUGAAGCCACACUCAUUAAGUGA